AUGGCAGCACCUAAUUCAAGUUUCAACAUGGCCGACUAUCCUGUCAUUGUCGGCAUUGACUUUGGUACUACCUUUUCGGGUUGCUGUUACGCCUUUGCUCAAAACGAGGAAGUCAUUGACAUUGUUAAGUGGCCCAAGCAGAAUAAUAAUGUUUACCCCAAAACGCCCACAUUAUCAUUAUAUCGUAAAGGGUCGACAGAAAUAUUAGAUUGGGGACAUGGCGCAAGAAGAACUGCCAUGAAACCAAAUAGCUCUGAAUUGUUGUUAUUGUCCAAGUUUAAGUUAUAUCUUGAUGAACAUUUGCAAAAUGAAACGCUACCCAAUGGACUACAUAUCAUUGAUGUUAUUGCGGAUUAUCUUUAUCUAUUUCACAACCAUGUAUGCUCAGAGCUCCACAAAGGAUUUGCUGGAAACUACGACCAAGCUAAUUUUCGUUAUUGUUUAACAGUCCCUGCAAUGUGGUCUGACCGUGCUAAAGCAGCAAUGCGUGAAGCUGCCAUUCGUGCAGGACUUGUGUUACGUACAGAUCCUCCCGAAAGAUUGAUGCUUAUUUCUGAGCCCGAAGCUGCCGCACUCUAUUGCCAAAAAAAAUCGGAGCAAUUUAAUCUUUGUCAUGGCCAACGAUUUAUGAUUUGUGAUGCAGGUGGAGGAACAGUGGAUUUAAUUGUUUUUGAAAUUGAUCAGAGUGAACCUACCAAAAAGCGUACAUUGAAAGAAGUGACCAAUGGCCAUGGUGCAACUUGUGGAUCCGGUUUUCUGGAUUCAAGAAUGCGAGAUUACAUCAUUCGCAAAUUCUCACAUAUUGGACCCGUCAAUGAAUUGGCUAUGGAACAUAUCAUGGAAACAUUUGUCAAUAUCAUAAAGCCUGAAUUCGAUGGUUCAGAAGAUCACUUCUUGGACUUACCUGCCUCUAUGGGUCUUGGUAAUCUUACAGACGAGUCCAUUGGACUAGAUAAUGGCUCAUUACACCUGCCUGCUUAUGAACUUUGCAAUGAGGUUUUUGAACCUGUUGUGUCUCAAGUCUUGAAACUUAUUGAUGAACAAUUGCGCCAAUCAUCUUAUUUGGAAGCUAUUUUCUUGGUAGGUGGAUUUGGACAAUCCAAUUAUCUUUUUCGACGUGUUGAAGACGCUUUUGCUGAAAGGGUUGGCAUGAUUGGUGUACCUCCCAGAGGUGAACUGGCGGUGGUUCGUGGAGCCGUCUAUUUCGGUUUGAAUCCACAAAUUGUCACCGAACGUAUCUCACGAAGAACUUAUGGCAUUGAAACUCGAAUGUUAUUUCAAAAUGAUAUAGAUCCACCCGAAUUUUCGGUUGUUGGUAUUGAUGGAAAAAUUUAUUGCAGACAAAGAUUCAGUGUUUACAUCCAUAAAGGGCAAAGUGUUAAAGUGGAUGAAUGUAUAUCGAAAACAUUUAUUCUUAGCUACCCAAACGAUACUGACUCGGAUUUGUACGCUUAUGAUGGCAAUGGACCAGUACCGCGUCUUACCACAGAUCCCGCAAUUCAGAAAGUGGGUCAUUUUCCCAUUCGCAUGCCAAAAUUAAAUGGUAUUAAACUUGGCGAUAAAGUGAGCUUGACUAUUAAAAUGUAUUUUGGUCUCACUGAAAUAAAAAUCGAAUCCACCAUUCAAGAUAAAACAUUUGUGUUCACUUCAACAUUCGAUGCAUCGGAUGCUUCCUCUGGUCCUGGAGUAACUACACCUUUGAUGAACCAAACUAUCCCUGCAGGCUCCUUACCCACUAGUAUCUUCUCUCCUUCUCAGUCUUAUUCGACAAACGGUUAUCUGUCUCAGCAACAUUUAUACAAUAAUAGUAAUCCUAAUCUUAGUCACAGUACUUCUAUAAACAAUCAGGACUUUUAUGCUCCACCGCAGCCUUUUCAAAAUAUUCAAUCUUACGCUUCCCAACAAAGGCAACUUUAUCCAUCCCAGGGAUAUUACGAUCAUACUAAUAACAAUAGCGGAUAUUAA